AUGAAGGUCAGUCGCCAAGGAUCCAAGGGGUCCUGCAGUGUCCCCAACUACUCGUCUUCAACUUACAAUUUCACCGAAUACGACAUGGAAUUCGAUGCUAAGAUUACCCGAAGAAGAUUUAUCUGGUCAGUUGGGUACAAUUUUGGCAUUCGCUCCUCGGGAGGCGUUCUCCUCAACUUGGCCAGCAACUCCCCAGAAGUGACAACAUACGUCAACAUAAACAAAACAAACAAAGACACUGUUUCCCCCGUCCUCGGUUACACUGGCCUAUGGAGUAAACUUCGUCAACUAAACCGCCUUGACAUCCUACAAACUGGCUUUAUUUCGGGUUCCAUUUGA